UAGGCAGAUACUUUAAGCAUCUGGGAUUUGAAGUCUGUUAUGUUCGCAAUUUUACUGACGUUGAUGACAAGGAUCUUAGUCUGCACUUUUCAAUAUGUAGAUAAUUGCUAGAGCGAAAGAGUUAGGACAAGAUCCAAUCAGUUUGAGCCGGCACUAUUGUGAAGAAUUCUGUCGAGACAUGAUAACUCUUAAUUGUCUGCCUCCCUCUGUGGAACCAAAGGUCUCGGGGCACAUGCCCCAAAUCAUUGAUAUGAUUGAGAAGAUUCUUAAUAACGGGUAUGCCUACAUUGUUGAUGGGGAUGUAUACUUUAAUGUAGAAAAAUUUCCAGAAUAUGGGAAAUUAUCCAGUCGAGAUCUAGAAGAUAACCGAGCUGGUGAAAGGGUUGCAGUUGACUUAAGGAAGAAAAACCCUGCUGAUUUUGCUCUGUGGAAGUCUUCAAAGCCUGGGGAGCCAUUUUGGGAAAGUCCCUGGGGUCCUGGAAGACCUGGGUGGCAUAUUGAAUGCAGUGCCAUGAGUGCAGCUUAUCUUGGUUACUCUUUUGACAUCCACGGUGGAGGAAUUGAUCUUGUGUUUCCUCACCAUGAGAAUGAAAUUGCUCAGAGUUGUGCUGCUUGCAAGAAAAGUGAUAUAAGCGUAUGGAUGCACAAUGGUUUUGUUACAAUUGAUUCUGUGAAGAUGUCAAAAUCUUUGGGAAAUUUUUUCACAAUACGUCAGGUUAUAGACAUUUACCAUCCACUGGCUUUGAGAUAUUUUUUGAUGAGUGCUCAUUAUCGAUCUCCUGUUAACUACUCAAAUAUACAACUUGAAAGUGCUUCAGACCGUAUCUUUUAUAUAUAUGAGACAUUACACGAAUGCAAAAGCUUCUUGAAUCAGCAUGAUCAGACAACCAGAAAAGAUUCCAUCCCACCAGAUACAUUGAAUAUUAUUGAUAAGUUCCAUGAUGUUUUUCUGACCUCAAUGUCGGAUGAUCUUCACACGCCAGUUGUAUUGGCUGGAAUGUCUGAUCCCUUAAAAUCAAUAAAUGAUUUGUUGCAUACCCGUAAGGGGAAAAAACAACAAUUUCGAAUAGAGUCACUUACAGCUUUAGAGAAGAGCAUCGGGGAUGUCCUUACUGUUUUAGGACUAAUGCCUGCAAGUUACUAUGAGGUUUUGCAGCAGCUUAAGGAAAAAGCUUUAAAGCGUGCAAACUUGACAGAAGAGAAAGUGUUGGAGAAAAUAGAAGAACGGGCUGCUGCUAGAAUAGAAAAGGACUAUGCUAAAUCAGAUGCAAUUAGGAAGGAUUUGGCUAUUCUUGGUAUUACUCUUAUGGACAGUCCAGAUGGCACAAGUUGGAGGCCUACCAUUCCUCUUCCACUUCAAGAGCUUCUUUAGUCCAGACAGCUACCUUCAUUUCUUCAACAUAUCCAAAUCAAAACUCAUAAAUGUAUAUGGAAUUUAAUUGUAAGGGAUGCCACUGCUGUAUCAAGUUAUCAACUGCCACUACGGUAAAGCCUCCCCUUCUGAAUUCUUAUGUUGUCUUGGUGACCAAUAUUGAAUUAAUUAUUUUCUUAUUUGUCGGGCUUUAACCCUUAGAAUA